AUGGAUGUGAGCGAAGAGAAUACUGCCCAUCCGGCGAAGGAUUCUGCACCCUCCUCUCCGUCUCGUCCCGCCUCCUCUUUCCUCGACCGUCUCGUCCUGCCCAGACCGGAGGAUCUGGAUCCUGAGGACAAUCUGAUUGCCGCCUCGGCUAUCCUCUCGGAAAUCUCAGCUAACAGUGCUAACGUCCUCUUGGAUAAUCUGACCGAUCACCUCGUCGAUGAGGGAAAUACUGAGGAAGAAUUGCUGCUUCUCGGUGGUAUGAACUACCGAACAUCUGCUGCUGCCAACACCGUCUCUCCCUCCCAGUUGAAGGAAAAGGACCCAGAGGCUGACCCCGAACUUAUUCGAGCCCUUGAUCGUCUUAUACUAUACUUGCGCCUGGUCUACUCCAUUGAUUUCUACGCUCCUGCACUCUACUGCGAUGAAAGUGACAUGCCUCAUGUAUGUGCAAUUAUGCACGUGAGACCGAGCGUCGGCACUCGGAUUCCCUCUCCCCCACCGCCAGUUUUUUCGGACUUGAGGACAGAAAGCGCUGCUCACCGCGUAAGUUGUCAAAUUACGGCUCUGUCUCCUACCUCCUUACGGACCCUUCUCACCUUGAGGCUUUUCUAG